AUGCAGUUCGCUCUUCCCCCUCGCAAGACCUCACACCCACCUCCCUACGCUCGCAACACCAGCUCCAACGCCCUUGUGCAGAGACGGCGGAGACAGUUACAAAUCGGGGCAUAUGUCAUAUUGGCCCUCUUGACCUUGUACCUGGUGCUCAGGUAUAUUCUACUGACUGACGCCGAUUAUUCCGGGACUGGCCCAUCGGGCAUUGACGGCCCGCAAGAGAUCGUCCUGGUCACCGUCUUCGAUGAAGACGUGAUGAGUAAGGAAUACAUACGCAUGGUCAAGACAAACCGCAAUCACUACGCGGCGCAACACGGUUACAAAACCUUCUACACAAACACAUCCACCUACUUCAACCUGGUUGAUCCUUCCCCGUCGUCUUGGUCCAUUGUCCCAGCCCUGCGCCAUGCGUUGACCAUUCAUGCCUCGAGCACAUUCUUCUGGGCUCUGUCCGCCGAUGCUCUGAUAACGAAUCCCGCUCUGUCGCUGGAAGAACAUAUCUUGCAACCUCUCGAAUCUCUCAUGAAGAAAGACAUCCCUGUCGUACCGCCUGAUUCCGUGAUUCACACCUAUUCGCACCUCAAGCCUUCUCGGACCCAUUUGAUACUGUCCCAGGACAUGAAUAAUAUUGCCCACACUUCCUUCAUCCUCCGUAACACCCCGUUCACUCCCAGCACAACCGACAACUGGGCACAGUACUUCCUAGACGCCUGGUUCGACCCUCUAUACCGUGCCUACGCCUUUCAAAAGGCAGAGAACCAUGCUUUAGAGCAUCUUGUCCAGUGGCAUCCAACCGUGUUGGCCAAAUUGGUUCUCGUUGAACAGCGACGAUUCAACUCUUACAACCAUGCCACACCGCCAGUGCGUGACUCCAUCACUGGUAUAACCCGCACCCAUGAUAGUAUGUGGCAGGGAGGAGAUCUCGUUGUCAACUUCAAAGAGUGCCGAAUUGAUCCGAAGCGCAAUUGCGAGGACGAGAUGGGGCAAUAUUUCUCUCUGUGGGAAAAACUCAUUGGUAGACUUGAGGGCAGGACACAGGAUUUUAGUGCUCCUCCGGCAGCACCACAGAAACAUUCAGAAGCAGAGGUCGCGGGGAGACCAAGAUUUCAACCCUGA